UCAAUUUUACAUGUAGUGAUGUCCUAGCGAAGUUUUAGAGCCACCGAUUGACAUAACCCUCAUGUCUCGAAGAGGAAAAAGGGUUUUGAUGCUCGCUAGCUUUUGCUUUAUGUAUAUAGACUUUAUACAUGAACCAUCCAAUCCUCAUAUGUACAGAAUUUAUUCUGGAAUUAAUAAACAAACCUACUUGGCAUGAGCUCUAUAUGCACCGCUCAUCAGAACUUAAUAUAUAAGGGCCUUAAAACCUUUCAAUUUUUCUCAUUCAGAUCUUGCAUUGCAUCGCACAUGUACUUUUACUUCACUGCCUUAUAAACACCCGUUCAAAUAUCACAGUCAAAGAGUUGGGCUUGAUGGCGAAAACAAAGAUGUUUAUGCUUAGGGAAGCUAAACAGGUAAACGAGAGCUUGAGCAAGCUUGCAGUUGGAGCAGGUCGUCCAAAAAAACUUGGAAAUGCAGUCAGUGAUGUGAAGAUGGAUGAUUCACCGUACUGGGUUCCACAUCCACGUACAGGCAUAUACUUUCCGAAAGGCCAUGAAUCGGUGAUGGAUGAUGUUCCGGAAGGUGCGGCUUCUCUCAAUCAAUUUCAGACCUAUUGGCUGAGGAACGCCGAUGGCGUUGAAAAGCCAGAUCCUAACACUCCAUAUGAUCAUGAUCACUUUCUCACAAAUAAUUUCUAAUUAUAUCAAUAUACAUGUUGUGCUUAAUUUGUCUCUGUAACGACAGUUUAUAAUUAAGUACGUAGAAAAUUUAUAGGAAAGGGUUUGUGAAUAAUGGUGAUUGACUAAUGUACUGAGAAAUAAUGUACUUCUCCUCCUCUCCUACUGAUCACCAGAGAUUUGAGGAAUUUAAUCCAUGAUAUUGGAUAUUCGAAUUUAUGGUUUUAAUCAGUAAUUUUUCUGCACGUAUA